UCUGUCAUCAUCUAUAUUGCAUAUUUUCUCUCUCUCAUGCGCCAUGUUGAGUUGAAACCAAGGAUCGUUGUAGGUGGUUUCAGACCUCUAAAUUCUUCCUAAUUUCUAUGGCAAAAUCUGAAAAUUCCAAGUCCAAUUUCAUUCACCCCUCUGCUAAGGUCCACCCGUCCAACGACCCUGAUUCCGAUCCCAACUCCUACUCCCUUGAGAAGUUCAGACUCUAUGAAACCAGAGCGAGGUUUUAUCUUAUUGGGAGUGAUCGCAACAAGAGGUUCUUCCGGGUGUUGAAGAUUGAUCGCUCUGAACCAUCUGAUCUCAAUAUCAGUGAAGACCCUGUGGUUUAUUCCCCACAUGAAAUCAAGAGCUUGCUUCAGAGGAUUGCUGAAGGAAAUCGUGCCACUGGAGGACUAACCUUUGUUGCUAAGGUUUUUGGAAUUGCAGGUUGUAUUAAGUUUCUGGAGUCAUAUUAUCUAAUUUUAGUCACAAGGCGUCGGCAAAUUGGAUGUAUAUGUGGUCAUGCAAUUUAUGGUAUAGAUGAGAGUCAAUUAAUCCCGAUUCCUCAUGUCACAAUUCAAAGUGACUUGGCGCAUUCUAAAAAUGAGCUAAGGUACAAGAAGUUAUUAUCAAGUGUAGAUUUGACAAAAGAUUUUUUUUAUAGUUACACAUAUCCUAUAAUGCAAAGUUUGCAAAAAAAUGUGUUGUCAAUGGGCGAGGAAGGGAUGCCAUAUGAGAACAUAUUUGUGUGGAAUGCAUUUCUAACUCAGGCUAUUCGAUCGAGAUGCAAUAACACCAUUUGGACAAUUGCAUUGGUUCAUGGCCAUUUUAAGCAAAUUAGGCUCUCAAUCUUUGGAAGGGACUUUGGUGUUUCUUUGAUUUCUAGACGUUCUCGGCAUUUUGCAGGGACUCGGUACUUGAAAAGGGGAGUGAAUGAUCGGGGAAGAGUGGCUAAUGAUGUUGAGACAGAGCAAAUUGUUCUUGAUGAAGAAGCUGGGUCACGCAAAGGAAAAAUGAGUUCUGUUGUGCAGAUGCGGGGUUCAAUUCCCCUUUUCUGGUCGCAAGAAGCUUCAAGAUUUAGUCCUAAACCUGAUAUAAUUUUACAGAGGUAUGAUCCAACAUAUGAGGCAACAAAGUUGCAUUUUGAAGACCUGGCAAAGAGAUAUGGAAAUCCAAUUAUUGUGCUUAAUCUAAUCAAGCUCAUUUUAACGUUAAAAGUGCAGACUGUUGAGAAACGACCUCGAGAAAUGAUGCUAAGGCGCGAGUUUGCAAAUGCAGUUGGUUAUCUAAACCAGAUUCUCUCAGAAGAAAAUCAUCUCAAAUUUAUUCACUGGGACUUUCACAAGUUUGCAAAGAGCAAAUCUGCCAAUGUUUUGGCAGUUUUAGGUGCCGUAGCAAGUGAAGCACUUGAUUUGACUGGUUUUUACUAUAGUGGUAAGCCUAUUACUGUUAAAAGGAGAGCCACUCAACUCAGUCGAACAAGCACUGGAAGGGAUGCUUCUAUUAGAGAUCUGAGAGCUGGUUCAGGAGAUGUUGCAAGGAUUGGAAGUAGCAAUGAAACCCUAAAUUCUCUGAUUAAUCGGGAUAGAGAGUCUGAUUCUAGUCAACAAAUUAGAAAUAGCAAUUAUAACGGGGCAGCACCAUGCUUCCAAAGUGGAGUUCUGCGCACCAACUGUAUCGACUGUUUGGAUCGUACUAAUGUUGCCCAAUAUGCUUAUGGUCUAGCAGCUUUAGGCCGCCAACUCCAUGCAAUGGGUUUGACAGACAUGCCCAAAGUGGAUCCUGAUAGCACCAUUGCUGCUGCUUUAAUGGAUAUGUACAUAAGCAUGGGAGAUGCUCUCGCUCAGCAAUAUGGAGGCUCGGCAGCACACAACACUGUGUUUCCGGAGAGGCAGGGAAAGUGGAAAGCUACAACCCAAUCUAGAGAGUUUCUGAAGUCCAUCAAGAGAUAUUACAGCAAUGCUUACACUGAUGGUGAAAAGCAAGAUGCAAUAAACUUAUUUCUAGGUUACUUCCAACCACAGGAAGGGAAGCCUGCUUUGUGGGAGUUGGAUUCUGAUUAUUAUCUUCAUGUGUCUGGAAUUGGAGAUGAGCUCUUCCCUUAUAAGAGUUCACUAGCUGAUGCUAAACCUGGAGGAGCAUCAGGCAUCCCUCUCGCUCCUAUUCCAGCUUGGAAAGAAGACUUCUUGAGGAUAAAGAUGACAUCAUUUGAUAAAUUGAUAGAAAGGACAUGUAGUUCAAUAAAGAAUGUAAGACUUUGCAGCGAGCCAGAUCAAAAACAAGGUGGCAGUACAGGAACCUCUGGAGUGGCACCUGAUGCAGCUGAAAUACAGCUCAAAAGCCCAAACUGGCUAUUUGGCCAGAGAAAAUUUGAAGAUAGUGGCUCUGCCCUCAAAGUGGGAUCCCGUGAAAUUGCAAAUGAAGGAUCUCAUAAUGAGACAAAGCUCGAUGGUUUCUGUGAUGUGAACUGGCUUUCUUUUGUUGAAAAUAUGGAUGAAGAGGAUAUCUUCCAGAGGUACCUUGCAAUGACCUUAGUAGAUGAAGCUAAUGGUUGGUAUGGUGGAACUUUGCUUGGUGAUCAGGAUGAAAGCAGUGAGAUUUACAAGUUCUAUGCUGAACUAUGUCAGGGCCCUGCCAUGGAACCCUUCCAACACGAUCCAGAGAGGGAGAAGCACUAUGCUGAAGCUCUUGGUAUGGGAACCAUUGAUGGUGUGGAUGAUGCAAGCAUUGAAGCAGAGAUGGCUGCGGCUCUUGAUGAGUAUAAUCAAAUCGGUUCUGAUCUUGGGAUUGUCCCUACCACCUGCAAGUCUUUGGCUGAAGAUCCCACCCACUUGACAAGAUGGAUCAUUGGAGAAGGGAAGAUCCACAGAACCUAAAUCAAUAAUCAUCUUCAUUCUUCAUUACCCAAAUUCUCUUUUCUUCUCUGCUUUGGACUCCAUUACUAGAAAUAGUUUUCAGUUGUACAUGAAUUUUAUGGCACCGCAAAUUCUGUAUAGCAAUUAGAUUUGUAAUGAUGUUUAAUUACUAAUAUGCCUCUCAUAUUCUAUAUUAAACACGUGAUAUUACAAUUAUAUCUUAAAAUCAAUAAGAUGAGGCCUCUUUUUUAUU